UGCUAUUGUACUUUUGACAACUUCGGUCUGCCAACGGGACUAAAGGUGGACGAUAAAUCAUCUCAUUCUGCUGGUUGUCAAAAUGACAUUUGCAUGUGGACGGGCUUGCUCUUGUGUAAUUUAGUGUUAUCCACUGCCCUUCUUGGCUUUAGGAACUGAGCUGUAUCAAUUAUCAGAGAUUCAUUUAUUUAGGAAAAAGUCUUCCGCCCAUUGUUAUUGUUUCCAGAACUUCGGUGGGAUAGGCAAGACAGAGUCUGGCCCUAGAUUGAGAUAUGGACAGAUUUCGUGGAACCGGUAGACCACGUGGUAGACCCCGGAAAACAAAUCCAGAUAAUGUAGUUCCAAGGAAACGUCCUCUUGAUGGCGAUGAAGACAAUGAUAGUUUCCCCCACAAGCGCCUUAAGUACACACCUGAUGCUGUGAUUAUGGAGCGUACCAAUAACACAGCAAGAAUACAUGAAGACUUCACUUGUAAGCUGUGCAUUGAUGGUGAAGAUGGAACAGAGUUUUACUUGAUGCAAAUAGCUACCUUCAAGGAUAGAUGCAUUUUCUUUGCACGUUGGGGAGCUGAGGCAAAACAGGGCAAGUGGUCAGCUAAACGCGAACCAUCCGUCAAAGAUGCUGAGAAAACUUUCAAAAAAACUUUCAGAGAAAAAACAGAAAAUGGCUGGAAUACGAGGCACAAUUUUACACAAUAUCCUGAUAAAUACUACAUCAAGAAUCUUACUGGAUCUCUUCAUGAUGAGGGAGGAGACUGUGACGAUGAAGAAAAAGAAUUAAAAGAGGAUGAAAGUAGUGAAGCUGACAGUGAUGACCAUCCUCUGGAUGACAGAACAGAGCUAAUGAUAAAGCUAAUACUUUCAAGAGAAGCUUUUAUUAACCAGAUUUCAGUUUUGAAGCUAAAUCCAAAGAAGUUAAGGCCAGAAAAAUUAUCAGAUAGAUUAAUGGAACAGGCUGAAGAAGCACUAGCUGCAAUUGAAAAGGCAAUCAAACUGCGUAAGCCUUCUCAAACUAUGAUUGAACUCUGGAUGGAUUUUUAUAACACUGUACAACAUCAAGAUGCCGAAGAAAUUAACACCAUUCCAACCAGUGUUGAUGCUGCUUCCUCUUUAUUAUUAAGGAAACAAAAUACUAUGGCUAUUCUUGAAAACAUCAAAUAUUCUUGGAAUCUCUUAGAGCAGGUUGGUGAUGAUGAUUUAGAACCACAAGAGUUGUACCAUCUCCUUAACUGCAACCUUAGACUGCUUGAUAGAGAUACUGAAGAAUUUAAGCUUAUUGAAGAAUUUGCUGGAGCUUGCCACAAUUCCCGUCCUGGCGUGUUGCUUGAUGUGUGGCGUAUCCACCGUAUUGGAGAUAAAAGUUUCGAUGAAUUCCGUUCCAUUGAUUACCGAAAGCUACUAUGGGUGGGGGUUAAUAUUGGAAGUGUUGCAGCCAUCUUGAAGGGAGGCUUGAGAAUUACACCUUUCACUGUAGGCAAUUUGGGCAGAGGUGUCCACCUUACUCCUGACCAUGCUGGUAGUUCAUGGAAUGUUGGGGUGCACUGGGGAACAUACGCUGGAGAAAAGAAUGUAGGCUUCAUGUUUUUGGCAGAAGCAGCACUUGGCAGAAUCAAAUAUGUAAAAAUGGGCAACUCUUCUUUGAAGCAACCUCCUGAAGGGUUUAAUUGUGUUGCGGCUAAAGGCAGACUAGAGCCUGAUUCAUCAAAGGACCAGAUCCGAACGUUUGGUGGGAAAAGGGUUAUUAUACCUGUAGGGGCUCCAGCUCCCCAAAAAGAUUUCGAGUCUAGUGGGUUUUUACGGUCGGAAUAUGUGGUUUACAAAGAAGGGCAAACACGAUUGCGGUAUCUUCUUAAAUUUUCAUUUGAUAAAUCCCUUGCUAAGUCAAAAAAUCCAAAGUUGCAUCCUAAAUAAGGUAUUAUAAAUCUUAUACUAGUAAAGAAUUCAUUAUAACAUUUUGUAAAUGAUGCAUUUAGGCAAAAGUGUAUAGUUAGGUCUUCUCAGGUGACCAAAUGGUUACUUCAGAGCAUUACACUUAUGAUAACCAUUUCAUCAGAAGUUUCUGAUAUGCAAGUAGUAGUCAUUAACAUUUUGUGCACAAUCAGUUAUGCACAUAAUUUAUUCUCAAGUGAUAACUAAUGGAGGAAUCCAUGUACAGUAUAGCUUGUUGAUAUGCCUCAUGGAGAAUAUAAGUAUUCUAAUAGUAAUUUAGGUAGCUAGACUGUCUUACUGGUUUAAAAACCUACUGUUGUUUCUUUUGAUGAACAAAUUUGCUUUUUAGUCAAAUGUUGAGGUUUUUGUUUACUUAUUGGAUGAAAUUUUUAGUUAAAUGGAUGUUGUUUAACUCAUUUUAUAGGAAGCUGCACCUCAUACACCUUACUGCUACUUUCUCUUUUAAUGGGAAAUUAUUUCUUUAUUUGCUAUUAUGUAUAUUUUAAAAUUUUAUUUGAAAUAUUAAAGUAGUUCAGAGAAUUGUCCUCAUCAUAGUCUUAUUUGGUUAUGUUCAGUUUGUUUGUAGUUUCUUUUUUAGACAAGAGUUCCUAUUGAUGUAUUAUUUUCUAUUUUCUUGGUCAACUGUAAUCUCCCUUAAAUGUUAGUGGUACUUGUUUUCUCUGCUAAUUUAUAGCAUGUAAUUUCCUAGUGUUUGCCUCUGAAAAUUUACAUAUUUUGUUGUGUUUAUUCAAAAUUAGAUCUGUACUAUCGACCAUUUUAUCAUAAAAUUGUAAUUCAUUUAAAUUUCUUUGGUCAGACUAGUCUUAGGUUUAUUCCAAGAACAGUAUUUUCACAGAAAUGGAUCCAGUGAAUGAAUUUUGUAUCAACUUUUAAAAGCAUUGGAUUUCUCACAAACACUAGGCAAUUUAGCAGACUUGCAUUACUGAAGAUUUUCCCUAUCCUUCUAGAACAAAAAUUUCAUCAUGUAGUCUAAACUAAUACUAUAUAACAAAUUAUUGCCAGUUAGUGCCAAAUUAACUCAUUUUUAAUCAAAUUAUCUUUAAUUCCUGGCAUUCCUGAUGUAACAAGUUUCUCAGCAUCAUUUGAUAUAUUGAAAAGGUCAAUUUAAUUUUUUUUUUGUUGUUGUUGAAGAAUAGUUAAAUAAACCAUGGAUCUACAUUGAAGAAUUAUAAGCACAAACUAAUUGUCUUCGCUCAAGGAAUCUCCACCAUAACUUCAAAAAUACAGUAUAAACAUUUCAUGGUGAUUGGGAUACUGUAUCAUUCAUUGAAAGGAUUUAUAAUUGACUAUAUAGGUUGUGCAGUCAGAUUCCAGAUUAUGUUGAAUUUUAUUCAUAUUUAAAUUUUGUUUUAUUUUGCUGCCAAAAUAUUCUGUUAUAUAUGUGACUUUCUAGGUAAAUUUGUGGUAAACUAGAAAUCUCUAUGCUGGUCAAAAUUAAUCUAAAGUUACUGUCCUAUCUUCUGCAUUUAUGUAAAUCAUCACCCUAUUCUUGUCAUUUUGUUUCUGAUACCAUAUUUUGGUUUAGAAAAUUUUAUGUCAAUUAGCAUUCGUACUUCAAAUAUAAGUAUUCUGGUAACUGAUGCUUUAUGCUUAAUAAGAGACAGUGAUAUGUUAGUUUGGUACCAUCAUACCAACACAACAUUAUUUUCUAUUCUAUGUAAAUUUCAUGUUCUUGCUAAUGUGUUAAGAACAGUACAUGGUACAUAUCUAGAGAGAGGUUGGUUUACAUAACCUGUGUGUGCCAAGAUUUUGAUCUUGAUUAAUACUAAAUGUAUUUAUUUUUUGUUGAACAAAGCUUGUUUUUUCAUGACUAAAGUAUUCGCAGUUAUGAUCUGUGUAGUUGCAUGCAAAAAGAUAAAACAGAGCAUUUUUUGUUCAUAAUGCUUUUGUUUUUGUGUGGCAUUUAUGAGGACAUGACAACUGCACUAGAUGACUUUAAAGAAAUGGGUGAACUAUUUGUAAAUUUUUUCCUUAUUUUUCAAACCUAUACAUCCUCUGUUACACUGUAAUUGUGUUUGUACUUUAAGUAAGAUGUAUGCACACAUUGUCAGAUAAGUCUUAGCAAAUCAAAACCUUACAUUGUGCCACUUUUGGUUUUCAUGUAUGUAUGUUUUUACCCUUUGUGAUCAUCAUUAUCAGUACUGUAUUGUGAUUGUUAAAAGUGCACCUCACUACUAAACUUUAUAAACUACAGUAAACUCUCCUUUAGCCAAAUCCCUUGAUUACUAUAUAUCAAAUAUGACUGCUCUGGAUAAAUUGUGAAUGAAAACCAAGGUAAAAUAAUCCUUGUACGUAUAAUGAUAAAUGCACAAAUAGUUGGUUAGCUAUAAAAUAAAAUUUUUCUGUUUAAAUUCAGGUUAAGUAUAUUAAAAUCAGUAAGAAAGUAAAAAAAUACAAUUUGCAACCAAUUAAGAAAUAGAAUAUGGAUGGUCCAGUCUGCAUGACUUGCCAAGUGUAGUCAAGAUCUUUUUGAUUAUGGAAAAAAAAUGGUAAUUGAUGACCACUGGAAAAGCAGACUAAAAAGGAGCUGCCUCACUUGAAAGUUUUUUUUUUUUUACAAAUAUUGACAACACAACAGGUUUCUGUAAGAUAGUAAUGUCACCCCUUUGUCACUAUUUUCUAACUGCCUUAUGUUAGAACAUGAAAAGUUUUAUUUAUAUAUAAAAAUAUUCAAACCAUUUGAUAAAGAGUAUAUGAAUAAUACAAUAAGCAUAAAUUAUAAAAAAUAAUGAAAAACUUAGCUAAUUUGAAAUAGCACCAAUAUAAUUCAUGUAUACUUUCAUGCUCAAGAAUUUUGAAAAUAAUGUGAUUUAGCAUUAUAACUCGGAUAAGAAAAAAAAAGGGGGGGGAGGGUUAGAACUAGGAAAGAGACUGUAAAACCACUUAAAAUUGCACAGAACAAAUGUUAGCAGAUCAUUUGUAUCAUCUGAAAACACUUACAAAUUUAGAAUACUAUUGUACAUAUCAUCUGAAAACAAUUACAGUUAGAAUAUUGUACAUAUGGUGCGUCCUCAACUUCAGUGGUGUAACUUGAUGUUGCAUCAAGUUACUGCACCAUAACGACGACGAUGAUGCUAACAGCAAGAAUAGGCAUAAAGUUAAUGGCGUUGUAACUUCAUGCAACAUCAGGUUACAGUGCCAAAACUUGAGUUAUGGCACCAUAAGCGCCGUUAAAAGUGCUGAUAAUGAUAAAAAAUCGACUUACGGUGUUGCGCUGGAACGAAUCUCCUACCAUAAGUCGAGGAGAGACUGUAUACUAUACCAUUAGUACUUAUAUUCCAAAACUGCGAAGAAAUAUCUCCAUAGCUUCAACUUGUUUUAACUGGAAACUAAUGUACCUACUUCACAUACCUAAACUCCUGGUAGUGCCCUGCAUCAUCCCUCAUUCUAUUGUGCUCAGCUGAACUGAAUAGAAUGAGUGUGGUUAAGGGAGGCUGGGAAUUUUUUUUUUUCCUAAUGAGUUUGUAUGAUUAAAAAUCAUGCACUACCACAAACUGGUGGUGUGAGUGAAUAUGAAAAAGUUCCAAAUUUGGUUUCUCUAGUGUAAUAUGUCCAGACCUAAAGAUGGGAGCUAGGUGACAGGAAUGAGCUAUUCCAACUGAAGACUGUAAAACCAAUGGUUUACACCCAACAGGUGAAGUGAUCCAUAAGCCUGAAUACAUUCUGUUCACUACACCAAGUUACAAACCUUUCCCACUUCCUAUUCAUGAUGUAUGAAAACCCUCUCUCUCUGAAAGUUUGGUGGAUAACCUUCGAACAUGAGGACAGACUCCAGCCUGCUAUGGAAUCUGUAGUAGGGGUUUUUCAAGACUACACCAUAGGGGAAGAGACCUAGGGCAGUCCAAGAUCAGACCCAGUAGGUCCACAACCAUUUCUGUUGUGGCAUAUAGGAGCAGAAUCAUGUAGGUGUUCCUUGACUCCCCAAUGCAGCUGGGUCUAAUAGUAGAUGGUAGUACAAUGGCAACCUAUGAUUCAAAGAUGGCUUACUCCACUCCUACCAAAUUGACUUUAAAUGUUUACAUCAAGGGAUUCUGUAAGGGAAAAAUCUGAUGCUUCUGUCAAGGGGUUGGGAAUCCCAUUUUCAGUUCCUGAUACAAACUGGAGAACAAUGGAAAUCUCCAUUAAGGGAUAGUGAUGUCAGUGCACCUCACAUGGUGCACUAUAGGCAUUACUUAAGCAUUCCUUCAGGCCCUAGCUCCAACCCCUUUCAUUCAUUUUCCUAAACCUCCAUUCAUAUUCUCUCUAUUCCAUCUUACCUUCCACCCCCUUAGUUUCCAUUUGGGAGAGAAGGUGCUGGCUUCAGCUACAGGGAUGGCAAUCUUCUCAAAAUUGUUUUAAUUCAUGAACAGGGCUGUUUCUGUAACCCAGUGAAUUUUACCAAUAAAAAAAAAAGUAUCAACAAAGGCAAUAAUGGCCAGGCUUGAUCCCAUCAAGAGGGAGAUCAUUGGAAGACAGAGUAUGGCUUUCCAAAUGGUGAUUGUGUAACGAAUUGCAUGGAAAAAUGUGACCUGGAGCAGCUCAAUAUCCUAGGGCUAAAUCUAAAUGAAUUCCUACUCUCAUCAGCUUGAAAUUCCCCUUAAGGAAUGAUAAACUUCGAUCACCUGGUCAAGGACUGUCUUAUAGCUUAUGUAAUAAAGUACGUAACAGUUCGAAGUUACAUCGACUCUUGUUGCCAAGUUGUAGGUUCUAGGACAAAAACUGCAUUUGAGGAUAGACAGUUUUGAUGGAUGGGAAGAACAAGGGAAAAAUGAGGCUCUUUCACAAUCUCUAAUCUUAAAAAAAUUUUAUUUUAUUAUUUAUUUACGUAUUUAUUUAUUUAUUUAUUUAUUUUUUUAUUUUUUUAUUUUUUCUUAGGAUUAAUCCCUGAGAACCAGCACGACAAGAGUCUACUUAAGACUCAGAGGUCUGGAAAAACUAAGCCCUAUUAAUAACAAUCUCUAGUAACCAAUGAUGCAGCUGGUGGAAUUUUAGAUGCAUAACAAUUAAUUACAAGAGUUGCUUUGUGCAAACAAAAGCCAUUGAUUCACAUCCCAUAUGUUUACACACCACACAUUUUACAGUGAAAACUGUUGACCCUAGGAACAUGAACAUAAGAAAUAUGGAUCCUAAUCCAACAAGGACAUAAGAGUUACUUGUCUUAACUGGUAAUUCUGAUAUUUGCAUUGGGGAAUGGGCUGAAAGUCAUUCAGUAUACAAUAGACUGUAUGUUUGUUUAACUGCAACAAAGAAGUUAACCAUAUCAACCUCAACAGCACACUAAGUUACCACAGUCUAAGCAAGAGCAAGAACCAAAGCCAACUGACUGAUACAUAUUAGAACGUGAAAGACUUGUCUAGUGACAAAAUUAUUCCCUUAUAAACGAACUCUAAACUAACCUGAGUAGAAGGAAACUCCCAUUAAAUUUUAAUGCUAAAAAUUACUAGACCUGUAUUUGAAAACUAUGUACUCAUUCAAAUUACUGACAGGGCAGACUGAGGAAUGUCAGUCCUCCUUAUCCUCCCCCCGACACCCACACACAAUGAAAGCUAUUAAAAUUUUCCAAUACAAACUGCUAAUUUUAAACUGAUAAAAAGGUACACAAAGAAAACUGUACCAGAAAAAGUUUGGCACAAAGACUAUGAAGAUCUUGGGUGAGCAACACCACGCACUAUAAAUGACAGUUACACGAGAAUAAGGGAUAAUGUGAAGCUUUAGCACUGUUUUUUUUGAUAAAACAGGUUAGUGAAUCUGGGAUAUCCCUACAUUGAUGUGAAGCAUCUUAUAAACUUAUGAGAUUGUGAUAUAUAUAUAUAUAUAUAUAUAUAUAUAUAUAUAUAUAUAUAUAUAUAUAUAUAUAUAUAUAUAUAUAUAUAUAAUAUGAUAUAUUAAUUCAGUAAAUUAUAUAGGCGCUGAAAUCAUGUUGGAACCCCACAAGUGAAACAUAUUUUAUCUGGAACUGCCUUUCUAAUGCUCAAGGAUGGAAUUGCAAGGGCAUUCAUUAAUUGCCUAUAAUGAUCCAAUUAUUCAUAUUAAAAUGGUCAAUUUGAAACCAGAUAAAAUCAUUUAAUUGUUUGUCCUUUUAUAAGUUUAGAAUACAUAUUGCAAUCUUAAAAUGAAUUUAGUAUGUUUUAGCUGUAAUUGUAAGGGUGCAUCCAUAUUGGAAUAUACUGCAUUUAGCAAACCUGCUGCAGAUACAUCACAAACAGGUUGAAUAAGUCAACUAUUGUAAGAGGAGAACAAGCCCUGGAUAAAUGCUGGAUAAUCAUAUGACUAUUACCAAAGUCUCUUGAUUUGUAUUCAGCCUGUUUGGUAUGUAUAUGUGCAAUGAAGUGCCAAAAAAAGUGUUUAUUUUUACUGUAGUAUAGAUGCUCUCUUAGAUUCAUUAUUCUAAACAAUCUAUCACUUAUCAUCAAUAAUGGGUUACAGUGAGACUAGAUAUCAUCCACAGGACAACUACAAUAUAAUCAAAGUUGAUACAGCUUUGCGGCUUGUCAUAAUCCUUCUGUUUAAUACUACAUGCAAAGGAAUGCAAAUUUCUCAAUAUUUAUAGAAAUUUCAAAUUACGUACUUAUAGGAUACAAUAUUUAUUUUAAUAUAGGUAUUAUACAAGAUAACUUUUAGGACAGUGUUUUAGAAAUUUCAAUGGCAGUUCUAGUGGCAGUGAUUAUGACGAAAUUUUGUGAAGUGCUUGUCAUAUUAUCACCAAAAAAAAGCAUCACUGACAAUUCUGUUGUGAAAAUGAAGGCAUUGUUGGGUAAUGAUGAUUAUUUUAUUAUAAUAUAUGGUGGCUAAUCCUAAACCAUAAGAUUUUAUUACAAAAUAAUAUGGCAGAAAACCCUAAACAAAUAGAUAAUGACAUGUCAGUGUAAACUGUACAGUACAGUGUAAGCUGUUAUACAUUAUAUGACAAAUCCUUUGGGCCAGCUUUUUCUCUGGUUUAAUUUGUUGCUAUUAGAAUAAUUUUUUCAUAAAAUCCAUCUGCUGCUGGGGGAUCAUAGUUUCAGUGAUGCCAGACAAUCAUACAUUAGGACUAAUUAUACAUAAUCUAGUCAGAUGCUAAUUUUUUUUUCUCUCUCCAGGAUCCCCUUGUCUUGAAUGUCUUACAUAAGCUAAGAUCCAAUUUUGUUUCACUAUCUAUACUACCUUUAUAUAAUUUACAGCAUAUAUAAUUUAUAUUUUCUACUAAAAGGAUUUUAUGGGUUAUGAUUCUGAUGACAUCACAUACUAAUAUUUCUAGCUGUUAGAAAUAAAAUAAUAUGAUAUACUGCACCUUUGUUCUCUUAAUUGAAGACCAAUAAUUGGAGACCAAUCUAGUAUGAACAAUUUUUUUGGAAGAUAUAAAGUAAUGUACUAUAUGUAAUACCAUACUUACAAACUUGCCCAAGGCCAUUCAGGUAAUAUACAAUUACGCUUAAUUUUUUUUUAAAUACCAAUGGCUGGAACGAAUCUGGAGGAAGAACUCUAGUAUUCGAGGAAUUCUACUUUACUAUUUAAAUUCAUGGAUUCAAUAAGUCAAUUAGCUCUUGAGUAGUUAAUAAAAUAAUUUUGACUGAAAAACGUUUUAGCUGGCAAGUUACAUAUCUUCUUAUAAAUGUAUUGGACUUUAUUGGGUAUGAGGGGCCGGUGCCAAUGUACAGUAGUGGCAUUUCAAAGCUUUCAUUGUAAAGCUUUAAUCUGGAAAGGUAUCAGUGCAGAUUCUUGGCCCUUUAUGAAAUGAAAUUAAGACUGAUGCUUUCAUGAACUACUAUAAACAUACUGUACUGUUUACUUUAUUUGACUGCUGCGGUCAAUUACUGAUUAUACAAUAAUUGAAAUAUGAAGCCUUAGAAUUAUGGUAAUCUCUUAAGAACAAAAUGUGGUUGGGACAGUUUUUCAUUAAACUGUGUACAUCUUUGCAUUCAAGCCUUUUAUGUAAGGUAGUAUGUGUAUAAAAAUCAAUAUUCAAAAUUGUACAAAUUGGCUGAUGGCUAUUAGCUUGUCUUAUGUUUUUACUCCUUAGUAAUUUUUUUUCUCUCUGGAAUAUUUCUAAAACACAACCCUUUGUUUCUCUGAAGACAACUGAAACCAUACUUUAGAAAACUCAUGUGUCAAGUAGGUCAAAGAAUUUCAAUAAUAUAGCUUCUUACUAUAAAGGCAUAACACUUUAGAUUAUUAUUUUUGAGGGGCAUAAUUUUUUAAGCAUCAUCAGUUAUGUUUGCAUGGAUUUGCCUGGGAAGUGCAAGUUAUUGGAAAGUUUAUUCAAUAUCAACAAAUGAUGACAACACAGUGUGUACAUUUUUCAAAAUGUACAGUAUCUCCAAGUAGCAUUACGGUAAUUGCCUUUUAAAUACUCAAGAUAAUAUAUAUAUUAUAAUUACAAAUGUAGUUAUCAUUUAUGAUGAAAUCCUGUACAGAUAAGAAAAUCUAUACAAAUGUGAAUCUACAUUGAUUGUACGUUAGUUUUAGAUUUAUUCAGUGAAUCUACAUUGAUUGUACGUUAGUUUUAGAUUUACUCAAGGACCCUAUCUGAAGUUAAUUUUAGCACCCUGUGUGAUUGCAUAUUAUAGUCCAACUGUCAUAUAGAAAUUAGUUUACAUGAAAAGGCCACCUUCCAACAGUAGCAGUUAAAAAUCCAUUCUCAUACCUUCACCAAAAGCCAAUGAGUGCACAAUUGUAGGGUGCUAUGGUGGUCCAGUUCUCUGGCAGAACAUGAAAAGCAAGUGAUGUAAACCAAAGAUUAAACUUCAAAAUUUACAUAAGUGAUUAUUUGUCAUCCCUCAAAUUCAAUACUUAUAUCAUGAAUAUGUGAUACUGUGUUGGAAUGAUGACUAAUAGCAUUACACAAAUCAAGACCUAAACAGGAUUAUGGCACAGGUUAAUACAAAAGGCAUAACUCCUCAUAAAAGUAU